AUUCUCUCCGGCAAAGCGAGAUUAUCGCAAGACCAGCAUGGAUUCUAAACGACAUGCACGUCGAGAAUCACGUGCUUCCCGGUCGAGUAACCUUCGUGGAUUACGAAUUACACAGUUACCUCUGCGGUCUUCGGAUACGAAUCUUCGUGAGGGCCUCUUCCACGAAUACAAAAAACAUGGGAAGAUUACUUCGAUUGUAGUGAAGGGUUCUGGUCCGAGUCGGUCUGCCCACAUUACGUUUAAGCUAGCUGAAGACGCCGAAAAAGCCUAUGAACAUUCAAAAAGCAAGGUCUUUUUCGGAGUUGCAGUACGAUCUGAACUGGUGGAUGGUCUAGAUUUGGAGGACCCUGAUCUGUGCCCACCGGAACACGCCAUGGAUGAAUACCACCCCAAAGCCACCAAAACUCUUUUCGUUGGCAAUCUCUGUUCGGCAUCCGUUACGCAGGAGGACCUCCGGAGAGUGUUUCAGGUUUACGGAGACAUAAUUGAAAUCGAUAUCAAAACACAGACCAAUCAACCCGGGACAUCAUACGCAUUUGUUCAAUACUGUGAUAUUAAAAGUGUCGUCAGAGCCCUAUGCGACCAAGAAAACGUACGGAUCUCAGGGAAACAAGUCAAGUUAGGUUUUGGGAAGAGUCAGCCCUCUAACGUCGUGUGGCUGGACAACCUAUCUCUUAGCACGACUGAAACAUUUCUGGUCCGUCAGUUUGGUCGAUACGGUCGUCUUAAUCACGUCGUCCUCGACAGGAAACUACUUCGUGCACUUCUUUACUUUGAUACAAUUGAGGCUGCACAACGAGCUUUAAACGAGACGCGGAACCGGACAUUCAUAGGCAAAAAGGUUCAGAUCGACUACGCAACCUACGAGUGUCAAGUGGCCUUCAUGCGAAAAAUGGCCAAAGGUGGCGGAUUAAGCAGCUUUUAUGGAAACUACAGGGAAAAAAUCCAGGAAAUUCUUGCUGCUUGCUGGCCUACAUAUGGAAAUGUCUUUCAACUUAUGGACGAUAGCCGAAGUGAAUCUUCCCCUGAAAGAACCAGUCAACUUGAAAACUGGGCCUCAUCAAAAAGUCGUUCCUCCCUUCAUCUGGGGGACUCUGAUGGAACUCACAAUACUGCCAAACGGCAUGAUGAAACCCAACGUAAGGAGGCUGCCUCGCAGAGAUCGUUGGGUAGACACGAGAAGUCGCGUCGUGCGACCAACUCCGGCAGUUGUACACCGAAUCCUCCAGAUCAACCCUCUUCAGGUGAUGGUACUUCUAAGGGCAAUCCUGUCUUGCCUGAUACUCCCGAUCACCAGUCUAAUACAGCUCCCCCUCAACAACCCACCGUCGAUUCGACGCCAACAACUGAAGGGGAAUCCAUUGUAACUGGAAGCCUUGGUCGCCCUCUUGAUACUUCCGUGUCCAACAAGCAGUUUGUUACAAAAGUGCCCCUUUUAGAAAGGCCUUUGUCAACCGAUUCAAAACCUGUCAUAGACAUGGGGACGCCAGUCCUUUUAAACCGUGCCAAUCAGUGUUCUUUUAAGGCAAAUCCUUCUUGUCUUGCAAACUUUGAGGCACUAACCGAACUUGAACGUGAACGGGCUGAACUCCUACGUCAGUUGUCUCUACUGAAGACGACUUCUAUUGGCAGUCAACCGUCCGAUUCAGUCUCUCAAACAUUCUCCAACUCAGAUAUGAGUUCUAACGAUCCGUACAGUGGUCUGACAUCAACCUACAAUGGAACAACUGUUACCUACAGCCAGCCAUGCGUCGGAGGAUCUAUAGACGCGAAGGAUUCCCUUCAAGUCGACCGGCUUCCUAAGCGGGAUUUCUCCGUUCUGUAUUCUGCCGCCAGCGGUAGUGCUGGUCACAGCAGUAGCAGCGAUCCUGGCGACGUUCUUUUCUCGCCCAUGGGCCAGAGUUCAGAAAUGUUAUCACCCCUGCCGCCGCCACCACCACCACCACCCAUUCCCGUUCCGCGUGAUCACACUCAUCUGAAUUUCCCACACAGUGGAAAGCUCUCCAACACAGGAUCUAGUCCUGCUAUUCAGGUAUUCGCUCCAACGCCAGCCUCGCCGCCUUACGGAUCUAUAGCAUCACCGCCGCAGUGGGAGCACGGAAGAGCAUCAACCAUUGAAUCCGAUCUCCCAAUGUACUCAAGAGCGCGAUUGUCUUCGUUUGAUAGUGCAUUGUUUCAGGGCAAUCGUGAUCCCCGUUUGUCCGCGUCGGUACAAGAACCCAAGUCUGCCUCUGCUACCUAUCGUCCUCUGUGGGUUGAAACUAGUGGUAAGGAUGGAUUGCAGCAGCUCACUGGACCGACCGAAAAACCGUUAAUUUCUCCCCAGAAGCCCCGCUCUUCCAUUUCUGAGACCGACAAUCUGUCACUCAGUGAUUCUGAGCAGGACUCGUUCCUUCACACAGACGCUACGGACUCCUCCUUGGACGAACGGAUACGACUUCUGGAUGCUAAACUGAGGCACUCCGAAAAGUUGAGGCCAACUGUGGAUUACAGUAAAUUUAGACUCAGGCGCAAGAGUGGUGUCUUUGCUUCACACGGCACCACUGCAGAGUCUGUGGGGUCUGAUAAGCCCACACCUUCCCCUCUCCUCUCUCCCCCAAGCCCCUUCCACAAAGUUUCUUCUAUCCCUCCGUUCGUUCAGUCGACAUCUCCCAUAUCGUCUUCUGGCAGCCUGAGUAACCGUCCUGCAGACACCUCAGAGUUUGUUAAGAGUAUGCUCUCAAGCAAGCCCCCCGUCUGUACCUCUCAUUCCGAGUUUUCUGUCCCCUCGAGUAAUAGUUUUCAACUGACUAGCAGUGAAUAUCCUGUCGUCAGCAUCAGGUCCAUGGACAUUGAGAGAUCUACGUUCCCAACCUCUAUCACUGUUUCUCAGGAUACCGUUUCAACACUCUCCACUGCACAACCUAAUGUAUCCGUAGCCUCCCCUUUACCAUCCCGAUACUCGGAAAAUUCUCACAUUCCGCCCAUUCCUAAGUCAUGUUUCUCUACCCCGUCUCAAAGUGUGACCUCUGUUUCCACGGCUGCAUCAGAGCCCCCAUCGUCCAUUGCCACAUCACCUCGAGCGGUUCUCAAACCUGUCACAGUAAAUCUUAUGGCUAAAGCUAAGCCAACCCCUAAAAAGGAUAUCCCCACCACUGUUCCGAAGACACAACCUAAUUCUAAAGAGACGCUCGGCCUGCACUUGAAGGACUUCUUUACGCCCCAAGCCACACAGAUAAUCCAAACCAAUAAGAAGACCGACAAGAAACUCGGUUCAGGCCAGUCUUCUAAUGAGGCCAAGUCCAAGGAACGUGGUCCUAUGACAUCCCAAAUUGGAAGUAGGGAUGUCAGCUCGCUGUUUAUGGAAUUAGGCUCGAAGCGAAAGUUGCCAAACACCACCUUUUCUCAUCCACCAAAAUCACCAAGGCUGGCCUCUGCUAAACCAAAGCCAAAGGAGCUUGGUGAUAAAGUGUGCGGAGCAAGUGCUUCCGACAAAAAGGCGGUGAUAAGUCCGUCCGACUCGCGGGUUCCCUCUUUGAAGCAGAAGGUUAAGGAGUCUCAUUCUUUCUCUAAGCUCACAAAGAAGUCCAGUCAACCAACUCCGAAUGACGCCGGAGAACCGUCUCGAAAGCUGUCUGUGAAAGAGAAUCCACCAGGACGUAAGGAUUCCUCUUUCAUGUCCCCUGCUUCUGCUCCUAAAUCCAAGCAUUCUGAACCACAGGCCGCUGUCCACACUUCAGACGCCCAAACGCACUUCAAGGGCGAUUCCACCAAGAGGCGCCAUUGGAAACCUUUCACUGUCUCCGCGUCCAACAAGGAUUCUUCUACCUUCUAUUUUGAUGAAUUCGGAGCUGAUAGCCAGUACGAAUCCAUGUACGAUAAAAUUAAGCGUCGAGCUAAUAAGGACGCUGCAGAUGCGAAUUCUGGAACCCAGUCUAAGCCCGAAGCCUUGAAGUCGUUUUUAAAAAGUCGAAAGAAGGUUGCGAAGUCGAGAGAAAAACUUGGUUUCGGCUCGGGUCGUGAUUCAGACACCGACGAAUGCCUUAGUGAGGACGUUGGGUCGUCAACCUCCCAUGAUUCAGCUGCACAGAUGCAGCCCAGCGGUUCCGAAUCCGUCUCAAAGAAGCCCGACUCCUCUAAGCAGCCGCCUGAAAUGGAAGCUUCUACGGAGACGCCUAAACCCGGGCACAAAGUGGGAAAACUCCGACGCUCUACGAAUUCACAAAAAACCACCAAAGACUCUCGGGUCUCGGAACUCAUUUUGAAGAAAGCCCCACCGACACGUGAUCGAAAGUCGGCCGGUAUAUCUAGUAGCAAAAAGACCAGGAAUGCGUCCUCAGUGAAACGUCAUGUGCGUCAAGUGUUAACCUCUUCAGAUUCUGACUCAUCUAGUUCGCACUCUAAACCGAGCGGCAGUUUCAAACGCGCGCACACGAAGAACUUCAGUUUUUCCACGACUCCCUCGUCCUCUCCACGUAUCAGUCGUUCUAGCAGCCCGAACGAGAUAACUUUAACACCCUCCUCCCCGGGCGGAAAUUUAUCUUCCAAGAGACGUGAAACACCACCAGCUAGUAAGGAGCUUGACGAACAACCACCAGACAGUAAUCGUACGCCAGAAUUAUUUUCUACUAAACACGUGCCUGACGAGGAAUCUCAUGUGCCAAUUCUAGAUGCCAACGACGAAAUUCCGCAGUUAGAAAAACAGGUCGAGGACGACUUGGAGCCUGUUUGCGGGUCAACGCUUCCGCCCGAGGAUAUUGACCACUGCCAGAAUUCAGAGUUGACUGCAGACCCAGUCUCGACGGAGCCCUUAUUAGAUCGCAUCGCUAAACAGGUCCUUCCCAGCCACCCAUCUCCUGAACGCUGCUCGGAUACGACCCAUGUGGUUUUAGAAAGUGUGGUCGACUCUCCCAACGCUCAUUCAGUCGGUGUGCAUGACCAAGUUGAUUCUUCACUACCUACUGCUAACCACCUGAGUGCAUCUAAUACUGAGAUUUCUGACGCAAACUCGCCUCCGGAAGAACCGCCCGCACUGUUCUCUGCUAACGAAGCCGGCGUUGACCCUAGCGAGGAGGUUUCUGGCCUUGACAUCCUUUCUAAUGCUGCCACUCAAUCUCUCUUAUCAGAGAGCAUCUUCCCGCCUAAACGAGAUCAGGCGUUGCCAGCUAAUUCAGAAUCCCUGACGCCUAAGUCGUUGCAGUUCCUUACUCCUGUGGGUCAGGCCGUAUCAGUUGUCACCGCUAAUACUGCCGCCGUUCCUUCAGGUGCUCCGCUAGUCCAGGCUCAUCCAGUGCUAGCGUCUGGCCAGUCACCGGGAGCUCCUGUGCAACAACACAUCGCCCUGUUGUUGAAUCCCAACUCGCAAACGUUCUCACCCAUUAAUGCAUCGAAAUUUAAUCCGGCGUGUGAUUCCUCAACCACGGCCCUGAACAAGCCCACCUUUGUUCUUGCGGCUGCCCCACUCUCCUCGCGGGAUGUUACCCUUGCACCUGCUACAGUGACCGCAACCCUUUCAUUCGUUGGACCCGUUAGUAUCUGUCAAGGCGUAGACAAGUUGAUCGCCGGCAGGCCCAUCUCUGAUUUACCAGCCAUCUCCAGUGCAGGGUCUGACACCCGUGUCAUCGAGCGUGUCAAGCAGGAAAAAGAUGAGGAGAGUAUGCAUAGUCGUGAGAAAGUGAAGCGCACCAAGAAAUCCAUUCAAAAGGCUUCUACCCUGAUCUGCUCUGGGAUCUCUACCGGUAUCCUCUCCCCCAGUUCAUCUGUAUUGAAUUCGGCUUCACGCGUAAACGGUCGUGAACCGUUGCCCUCACCGACACUCCCUACAAUGAACUGUGCCUCA